AUGGCUUGCAUAAAGGGGGUGGGCAGAUCCGCCUCCGUCGCGCUGGCGCCCGACGCUCCUUACAUGGCCGCCGGAACCAUGGCCGGGGCCGUGGAUCUGUCCUAUAGUUCUUCCGCCAAUCUGGAGAUUUUCAAGCUCGACUUUCACUCUGACGAUCGCGACUUGACACUGGCUGGGAAAAUCCCAAGCUCCGAGCGCUUCAAUAGACUAGCAUGGGGAAGAAAUGGAUCCGGAUCCGAGGAUUUCUCCCUCGGUCUCAUUGCAGGCGGCCUUGUCGAUGGAAAUAUACAUCUUUGGAAUCCGCUUUCUUUGAUCGGUUCUCAGUCCAGUGAGAACGCACUCGUUGGAAAUCUUUCAGUUCACAAAGGGCCCGUUCGUGGUCUUGAGUUUAAUGCUAUCACCUCGAAUCUACUUGCUUCUGGGGCUGAUGAUGGUGAAAUUUGCAUUUGGGAUUUAGCAAAGCCUUCAGAGCCUUCUCAUUUUCCACUUCUCAAGGGUAGUGGUUCUGCUACGCAAGGUGAAAUCUCCUUUGUAUCGUGGAAUAGAAAAGUUCAACAGAUAUUUGCAUCUACCUCAUACAAUGGGACUACUGUAAUAUGGGACUUGAGGAAGCAGAAACCUAUAAUUAACUUUGCAGACUCAGUUCGACGCCGGUGCUCUGUUGUACAAUGGAACCCUGACAUUGCUACUCAGAUAAUGGUUGCAUCAGAUGACGACAGUUCACCUACUCUAAAGCUCUGGGACAUGAGGAAUACAAUGUCACCUGUGCGCGAGUUUACUGGACACCAAAGAGGUGUGAUUGCAAUGGAAUGGUGUCCAAGUGACAGCACAUAUCUUCUUACCUGUGCCAAGGACAACCGAACUAUUUGCUGGGACACUAAUACAGCAGAGAUUGUGGCUGAGUUGCCUGCUGGUAACAAUAGGAAUUUUGAUGUUCAUUGGUACCCAAAGAUACCUGGAGUUAUAGCAGCAUCCUCAUUUGAUGGGAAAAUUGCCAUCUACAACAUCGAGAGUUGCAUUCGCCAUGGUGCUGAAGAGAAUACUUUUGGCACUGGUCCUUUAAAAGCACCAAAAUGGUAUAAGCGCCCGGUUGGUGCAUCUUUUGGAUAUGGGGGAAAGCUUGUAUCUUUUCACGCAAAGGCCCCUCCAAAGGGCGCCUCGAGCAUUUCAUCUGAGGUUUCUUUGCACAGCCUGGUAACAGAACAGAGUUUGGUGAGUCGGACUUCUGCAUUUGAAGCCGGAAUACAAAAUGGAGAUAAGACCGUGUCGGGUCGCAGGGGACCCGUAUCCCUUUCUAGAUACGACCGUGACCGGCAGCCGUUUGUGUCUGGGGACGAUGCCGGCUUCUCGAGGACUUUGUCCCGUAGGCGAUCCGAUCGUGACUUUGAUAGUAAUCGAAGGAAAGAGCCGGAUAGGGCUUUGUCCCGUAGGCGUGACUUUGAUAAUAAUCGAAGGAAAGAGCCGGAUAUCCGGUACAGAGAGGACAGGCUCCAUCGAUCUGAGAGCGCUUGUUUCUCAAGGAGGGCUUUUCCAAAAGGAUUCCGUUCCGAGAGAGAGAGGCCCAAAAGGGAAGAUAGCGUUUCUUCAUGGAGGAGGUUUGGUGGUUUGAGAUUAAGGGAUGGUGAGAGGGAAAGGAGUGUCAGAUCCCCUUCUUGGUCCAGAGACUCAGGUAACGAGCACUCAAAACUGAAAUUGGAUUCCAGAAAUUCCCGCUCCAGAUCAAGAAAUUCCCGCUCCAGAUCUAAAUCUCUAGCUUCUCCAACUUGGUCCAAAGAUUCCGGGAGUGAGCAAUCUAAGAGUGUUGGAAAUGUUGUGAAGAAAAGCGAGGACGAAGUCCAGGGUAAAAGCAGUAGAAGCAGUAGCGAGAUGGAGGAAGGAGAACUGGAGCCAGAGCCCCAACUAGAGCCCGCAUCUGGGGCUGCUCACACCACAAACGACGAUGAAGUGCCUUCUUGCGAUGCUGAUGGUCUUACGAAGGAAAGGAUCGACACUAGUUUCCAGAAGAGUAGAAAAAAUGCUGAGUUUGAUGAUAACGUAAGAAAAUCCGAAACUGAAAGUAACCGGGAAGCCAGUCAUGUGGGUGUUGAUAGGGAAAUGAAAACGGCUGAGAGUAUGAUGGAUAGGAAAAGUGUUGAGAAAGGAGAAAAUCUGCCUGAGCAUGCGAUUGAGAGCGUGCGUACUCCUCAAAACAAAGUGAAUGAUAUUUCUACAGCUUUGGCUAGUGAACACGAGCUUAUACAUGACAGAAACACUGAUGUUGUCAAUCAGAUUACAGAUAUAAUCGAUGAUAGAGGUGACACAGAAGAGGACUACAAGGAGAGCCAUGAAAUAAAGUUGGAAGAAAGUCUUUAUCCAGCUGUUCCUGAACGGUUUAAGGCAGAAGAGGUUAAACGAGUGAAGGGUAGUGGUGGUGAUGCCAACAAAGCAGAAGUUGAAGCCCCGAAAUGUGUUGAGGAAGAUGCUCUAGGAAAUAGAUCGCCUGCAAAAUACAUUAGCAUUGUAUCAGAUAGCUCGAUCCACAAAUGCGAGGAUAAAGGGAAAAAUUUGGAUGUCCCACUUACUCAGUUAAAUGCUGUCUUUUCUGAACAAAAGUCUGAGGAUCUUACGGACAGGGAUAAAGAUGAAGAUGACAACUACGGGGGACCAAGUAUUAGAGGCUUUGAACUGUUUUCUAGGUCUCCGGUUAGAAAAACAAAUAAAACUGAACAGUCAGGUGUCAAUAAGCCAAAGGAUGAGAAGUUGUUAUUGGAGUCACUGGAUCUUUCACUAAGCUUACCAGAUGUAUUGCUGCCGAUCCGUGGCCAGGACAGUAGUCAGCCUCUGUGUUUACCGGCUCGUUCUGAAAGUGUUCGCUCUUUGACAGACACGUUUUGUACCGAUUCCGAGGGCUUCACUAUGUCUAUGUCCUUUUCGGGUUCUCGUUCGUUUAAUCAUAAUCCGAGCUGUUCGUUGAAUCACAAUACUGGAGAUAAUGAGCAAUCAGUUCAUAGCCGACCUAUAUUUCAGGGUAUAGACUGGCAGGCACUGUCUCAUAACGAUUCAAGGUACAAUGAGAAUACAGUCUAUGAAAGACUGAUGGAAAAUGGGAAUGGUUCAGCAAUGAAAGGCGUUGUAAUUCCGGGUCAAGCUGAUGAAGAGCAUUUUAGACUUGAGAAACAGUUGAGUUUCCAGAAGCGUGUUGAUGUUAGAUCAGCAUGUCCGAGAACGGUCUCUCUUGAAAAUGAUUCCAAGAAAAAAGCCAAGGACUUUUUUGGUGGUAACAUGUCCUGGAUAAGUGACCUGGAAGCUGGUGGGGAUGAUUUUGUUGAGACGGUCAUAAGAUACAUUCUCUCCGAUUCUAUGGAUGUGAUGACCAAGAGAUUUCAUGAGAUGCCCACUAGAUACAUAACUAGCCUGAAGGAAAACAUCCGGCAGAUAAUGCUGAAUAGGGAUAGGAAUGUACAACUUAGUGCCUUUCAAAACGCUCUGCAGAGCAGGACUGAUAUCACACUGGAAUUGCUCACUAAAUCUCAUCGUGCUCAGUUGGAGAUCUUGGUCGCACUGAAAUCUGGACGUUCUGAUUUCCUUCAGCUGGACAACAGCAUCUCUUUGGCCCAUUUAGCUGAGAUCUACAUGAACAUGAGAUGCAAAAAUCUUUCUUGUAGGAAUCUGGUGCCUGUGGAUGAAUGCGAUUGCAGGAUUUGUUCAAGGAAGGAUGGUUUUUGUAGUGCCUGCAUGUGUCUUGUGUGCUCAGAUUUUGAUAUGGCAUCCAACACAUGUAGCUGGGUUGGUUGUGAUGUGUGUCUUCACUGGUGCCACACAGAUUGUGGGAUACGAGAAUCUUACAUCCGGAAUGGGAUCAAUGCUUCUGGUGCUCCAGGAAUGACUGAGAUGCAAUUCCACUGUGUCGCCUGUAACCAUCCCUCGGAGAUGUUUGGCUUUGUCAAAGAAGUAUUUCUGAAUUUCGCCAGAGAGUGGAAAUUUGAGCGGUUUUGCAAGGAACUGGAGUAUGUCAGUAAGAUAUUUUCAUCAGGCAAAGACUUUAGAGGGAAACAGCUGAGACAAGCUGCUGAUGCGAUGCUUGCAAGUUUGAAAUGUCAAUCGAUAGACCUUCCUGAAGCUUGCAAUCGGAUAUUGGGUUUCAUUUCAGAUUGUGAUUCCUCCUCCACUCCUGGUGAAACCUGUGCACCGUUCAGAUACGAACAGCCAAAGCCCAGGCAUGAGAAGGGAAGCCCUAGUCAGGACAUGGCGUGGCUGAGAUCGGUGUGCUCAGAUAAACCGCACCAUGAGCUGAAAAGGCCAGCAAGCGUAGUUGGUGCGUUCCAAAGUGAAAUGUGUGGUGUGGAGACGGGUAUGAUGAAAAGGGAAUCUGCAAAGAAACCUCGUUUCGAAGAACUAGAGAGCAUCGUGAGAAUGAAGCAAGCAGAGGCGGAGAUGUUCCAAGGGCGGGCAGAUGAAGCAAGAAGAGAAGCAGAGGGGCUGAAACGAAUAGCGAUAGCGAAGAAGGAGAAGGUAGAAGAAGAGUACAAGAGGAAGAUGGGGAAGCUGAGUGUGGAGGAGGCAGAGGAGAGAAGGAGAAGAACGCUCGAGGAGUUGGAGGCAAUUGAGAGAGGGCAGAGAGAGUUUUAUGAAAUGAAGAUGAGAAUGGAGGAAGAGAUGAGAGGGCUUCUCACCAAAAUGGAGCUGACGAAGCAGAGUCUCGCCUUGUAA